CUGGUGCUUGUGCUUGUGCUGGGCUAUGGUGCUGGGUGCAUAUGGGGCUAGACGAGAGCAAAUUUUUUUUACAUUUGUAAAGAAAAAAUGGCAUCAGUUCAUACCGAUCUGAAAAAUCGUCCAAAGAUCGUCAGAAAUAACGAUGGUAAAGCACACCGGUUAGCAGGUAGAAACAAGCAGAAGUGGGUGUCAGAACACAAAUCACUUCAUGGGAGUUUGAACGAGGGUUUGGGGUUUGCUUUCAAAAGGAGGGAGAAGGUUAAACAUGAAUACAAUAAACUGCGCCGAAAGCAACGUAAAAACAAGGAAGUGGAAAAAAAUGUAACAGAUAAGUAUCCAGAACAUCUUCAACACCUUUAUUUGGCUGAGGAGGAAAGACAAAGACAUGAAGAACUUAAGAGAAGACAUGGUCGGACUGAAAGGACAACCGCUUCAAUGGGGAAGGAGGAGGAAGAGGACAGACAUGAAUUCUGCCCUGACAAUGCCAUUACCAUCACAGCAGCUGACCAGCCAGUUUGCUCUGAGCAGACCAAAACUGUCAGUAAACAGUCUCCUCCAGCAUCAACUCCACAGUCAGACCGGAUGAAGAAAAAAUGGAAGAUGACCUCUUACAGUCGGACUAAGGAGGACUAUGAGAAACAGAGAGAGGAGCGUGAGAGAAAAAAUGAGGAAUAUCAAAAAUAUACAGCAGCGAAGGAGGAGGCCCUUCAAAAGUAUAAAGAGAAGAAAAAGGCAACAUAUCAACUGCUGAAGAAAAAAACUAAGAAAGGCCAGCCCAACUUGAAUGCACAGAUGGAACUGCUGCUUCAGAAGAUCCAAGACACAAAAAAAUGACGAGGAGAGUGUAAUCCUUGUUUUGGACAAAAUGACAGACACUUCGAAAUUAAAGAUGAUAAGCAACUGUCCAUACUAGACCAAUUCAACAUAGACACUAUCUGACAAUCUUAAAACUGUAUUUAGACAUGUAUGUAAUUGAUUUGUGGCAUACCAUAAACAAUUACUGUACUGUCUUAAUUACAGUCAUGAUCUUCACUGCAGUUUAUUAUUACUGCUUAUUAAGGUUUUGGUAAAUUGGUGAUUUGUGGAAGGUGUCCACAUAUAAAUAAAGCUUUUCGUAGAACCAAAA